GUCGGCUCCCACGAAGAGCUGGGGAAACAUGGGGAGCGGGGGGGAUGAGACGACACUCCAGAAAAUAUUGUAUAAUAUGGGGAAUCCGAAGAUUUCAGUGGGUAUUGUGUGUCCCUGGGCCCCCUCGCUCCGGAGGUCAACGUUGUGAUACAUCAUGACGUCUGGGGUCUGGGCUCGUGGCCCGUGCUCGUGGCCGGGCUGCUCCUGCGCGCGGGCGCCGAGCUGGCGCGGGCAAUGCCCUCGGUGGGCCGCGGCUCCGCCGGCGGGCGGCUCGGCCCGGCGGGCGGCAGCGCCUCCGCGCGGGGGGGGGGCGAGGUGCCCCACUGCCUGCCUGCGCCCCGGCGCGGUCGUCUGCGCCUCGGAGAGGUACCCUUCCUGCCUGCGCCCCGGCGCGGUCUGCGCCUCGAAGAGGUAACCUGGCCGGCGCGUCCGCAGGACGGCGCCGAUGGACCCUGCGGCGUGCACACGCCGGCGCCGGGGUGGUGUAGCUCAGAGCGCACAUCUAGCCCUCGGGACCGGAGUAUCUCCAGGCACUUUGGGAACGGUUCCGCGCGAGCUCGGAGGCUCAGCGGGAUCGACCAGGGUGGCGGCACACAGCAGGGUGUCGAGAGUGAGUGCGGGGGGGUCGAUCCGAUGACGCAGAUCGUGUGGGAGACGUCCUCGGUCAUUGUCUUCUUCAGCCCCAGCUUGGUCAGGUUCGCUGCAGCACCUCUUUUCGGCAUGUUGUUUUAAGCUGUAAGUACCCUUGUGCAGCUCAUGCGCAGCGGCGAUGAGCAGCCACCUGGUAGAACAAGACAGCCACGAUGCCCACGUGUACGCAUGUGAUGAAACGUGUUGUAUAAUUAGUUGGCACGUGCAUGGCUUAGCAAUUCGAAGAAAUAGCCCAGGGACCAUUUUGCACUGCUUCAUCUGCACUACCCUGCGUCAUCUUGCUCACGUUCCUCCCACUCCUACUCGAACUCCUCCAGGAGCACUGCGCAGUGGUGGCUAUCACACGCAUGAUGGCGUAAGGCGGGAGCUGCAUGCCGAA